GGCCGGAGCCGAGAGGAAAGCCCAACCGGCCCACGGCAACGAUGAAACUCUAGGAGGCCCCAGCCCGGGGCCCGGGGCGAGGGAAUGGACCCCGGGGGACCGGGGCAGCCGACACCCGCAGCUUGACAUGUCCCCCUGUCCGGUGCUCAACGCCACAUUGGGGGAGCACGCUCCCUGCCCGGGGGCCAAUGCCUCGGAGUCCCCUGGCCCGGGCCACCCCGUCUCGGUUCAGACAAGGCGCCCGACCACCUCGCCUGCUAUGCCCAUCUUCUCCAUGACACUGGGCACCGUCUCCAACGUGCUGGCCCUGGCCAUCCUGAUCAAGGCCUACGCCCGCCUGCGCCGCCGGUCCAAGGCUACCUUCCUCCUCUUCGCCAGCAGCCUGGUGGCCACGGACUUUGCGGGCCACGUCAUCCCGGGAGCCCUGGUCCUGCGGCUCUACGCCACGGGCCUGGACCCCGCCGGCCCCGCCUGCCAGUUCUUCGGCGCCUGCAUGGUCUUUUUUGGCUUGUGCCCGUUGCUGCUGGGCUGCGGCAUGGCCAUAGAGCGCUGUGUGGGGGUCACCCGGCCCCUACUUCACGCCGCCCUGGUUUCGGCCGCACGGGCCCGUCUGGUGCUGCUGGCGCUGGGAGGCACCGCCUUGGGCAUCGCCCUCCUGCCCCUGCUGCAUGUUGGGCAUUACGAGCCUCAGUACCCAGCCACCUGGUGCUUCAUCCGCCUCUGGGAGCCGGCGGGCUGGGGUGAACGGGUCCUGCCUGUGCUUUUCUCAGGCCUGGGCCUGUCCUCUCUGCUGGCCGCACUGGCCUGCAACACGGUCAGCGGGCUGGCCUUGGUGCGGGCGCGACUGCGGCGGAACCGGGGAAGCAGCCGCUGGGGCCGGGGUGGGGUGGGCGGGGGCGGGGGCUCCUCCCCGCCUCAGCGGCGGGCCCGGGCCCACGAUGUGGAGAUGGUGGGGCAACUGGUGGGCAUCAUGGUGGUGUCCUGCAUCUGCUGGAGCCCCCUCUUGGUGCUGGUGGUGCUGGCAGUGGCGGGCUGGAGUCGGGUCUCUUUGGAACGCCCCCUCUUUCUGGCCGUGCGCCUGGCCUCCUGGAACCAGAUUCUCGACCCCUGGGUCUACAUCCUGCUGCGCCAGGCAGUGAUGCGCAAGCUGCUGCACUUGCUGUCGCCCAGGGCCAGAGCCAAGGGAGGUCCCCUCCCCUGCGGGGCCUGGGACAGUUCCCUGCGCGACUCCCGGAACAGUGGGCUCAGCCGCUUCUAAGGAUUCGCCCAGAGGGGCGAGGAGGGCAACGAACCCUGAGGGGGAGCUGCCAAACCCCAGGGGGCUCAGUGCCCCGGCUUGGAGCCAAGGGAGAAGCAACCCCUCUUCCCUGCCCCAUCUCCAGGCGGGGCAGGGAAGAGAGGAAGACGGGGCUGGGAACAUCUGCUGAGCAGAGGGCCCGUGGCGAAAUAAAGAGAUUUUGCGACUUAACUGGGCAGGGGAGAGCGUGGCUGGCAGUCACUGUGGGGGGUGGGUGUCCAGCCCUCCUCAAAGAUGGAGGCUGCACCGCUUCUCUCCAAGAUGGCUGCACUGUUGUCCUUCUCUCCGUUGGCAGGACUGCUCCGUGCGAGCCGGGAUCUGGGAGCCAAAGCCGCCUGCCUGAGAGGGGGCCGCGGAGAAAUGAUCUCCCGUAAAAUAUUCCACCUCAUGCCGCUAUGUUCCGUUGUGCCGGUGCGGUGCGGUUAGGUGCCACGCGGGACUUGGGGAGUGAGUGACUCGGGGUGCCGUUGGGCCUGGGGGAAAGAGGGCCAUGUUGGUUUACUGCCCGUUGCUUGAAAACUGUCGGAACGGAGGGCGGCUGGGGCAACGUGGAACUGAAGGGGCUCGGUACGGGGGCAGGUGGGUUUGGAGAAGCAGCGUGGCUCAGUGGAAAGAGCACAGGCUUUGGAGUCAGA